AUGGAGUUGGUCACAGAAGUCGCCGACCUGGGCCUGAAACUUCUACGACGAGAUGACAGCGAGGAAGAGGGCGAUGGCGCGACCAAGGAACUGUACGCGGCAUGGACCAUCUUUAUUGCCAUUUUGCUGCUCAUUGCAGCCUUUUUCACGAGUUACAUGCUCCAAAUAAAGAAAGUGACGGCUAUCCACGAAACAGUCAUUUCAAUCUUUGCGGGAAUGACGGUUGGAUUGAUUCUCAUCGUCACCUCGGGCGAUUCGAUACGGACCAUGAUAAACUUCAACUAUCAAAUUUUCUUCAACCUCUUACUACCGCCGAUUAUUCUCUCUUCUGGAUACGAGCUGCAUCAAGCCAACUUCUUCCGCAACAUCGGCACAAUCCUUACAUUUGCCUUUGCAGGAACAUUUCUGUCUGCCGUCGUCAUUGGAUUCAUUCUUUGGCUAUACUCCCUGAUCCCCGGAACCCUGAAGAUGACAUUUGUUGAUGCAAUUUCUGUUGGUGCCACCUUGUCUGCCACUGAUCCAGUCACAAUCUUGGCUAUUUUCAAUACCUACAAGGUUGAUCCGAAGCUGUAUACCAUUAUUUUCGGCGAGUCAAUUCUUAAUGACGCCAUUGCCAUUGUCAUUUUUGAGACAGCCCAGAAAUACAACAAGGGCGAAGCAUCUAGCUAUGGAGUCCUCAGCUUCUUUGAAGGUACCGGCAUUUUCUUGCUGGUUUUUUUCAGCAGUUUGCUCAUCGGCAUCGUUGUCGGCAUCGGCACUGCCUUGCUUCUCAAAUUUACGUAUCUCAGACGAUAUACAAAGAUUGAAAGCUGUCUCGUCUUCUUGAUAGCUUAUGCCACCUACUUCUUCUCCCAAGGUGUGCAUUUGUCUGGUAUCGUGUCCUUGCUCUUCUGUGGUAUAACCCUGAAGCAUUAUGCCUAUUUCAACAUGUCUCGCCGAACCCAACUCACCACAAAAUACAUUUUCCAAGUAAUAUCACAAUUGUCCGAAAACUUCAUCUUCAUUUAUCUUGGUCUGGCCCUGUUCACCGACAGUGCGCUGUCAUUCCAGCCACCCCUUAUUAUGAUUACCAUUCUAGCCGUUUGCGUUGCUCGAUGGGUCGCCGUGUUCCCCCUGUCUAAAGCUAUCAACUGGUUCAUUUCAUAUCGCGCCAGGCGGCGUGGUGUUGAAGCUGCCGAAGAAUUGCCGUACAACUACCAGGCAAUGCUCUUUUGGGCGGGCCUUCGUGGCGCCGUCGGCGUGGCUCUCGCCGAACUUCUGACCGGUGAUAAUGCCCUCGCUCUUCGAGCGACUGUGUUGGUUGUGGUUGUCCUAACCGUCAUUAUAUUUGGUGGCACCACUGCCCGCAUGCUCGAGAUCCUCGGCAUUCGGACCGGAGUCGUGGAGGAGAUUGAUAGCGACGACGAGUUUGAUAUUGAAACAGUUGCUACUGGUCUCCAUGCCAAACGUUCGGGCGGCGGCAUUGGCUACACACCUCGGCGAAAUGGCAACAUUGUUCUGCACAACCUAGAGGAAGGUCGGUCCGCUAGUUAUGUGUCCGGCCACAGGUCACCGCACCUCUCUGGAAGCGGCCAAAGUAUCCGAGGAAAUAGUCUUAACCGAAAGAAUUCCAAUCGUAACCAGGAUGAGUUCGAGAGGGCAGAUUUGCUUGGCCGUAGUGGCGAAGACUCCGACUUUGAUACAGACAUUGACACGUCUGAUCUACCGCCACCAGCUCGUCCUGCCCGCCACACCAGCUCACAGCCCUCUCCUCAAACGGACAGUGCCUUUAUGAGCCCGGCUGGUGAGGCAUCGCAGCCAACGCCCAUGACUGCCACCGGAGCUAUUCGACAACUUUGGAGUGCAGAAGAUCCAGCGGGUCUAUUCAGACAACUAGACGAGGAUUUCAUCAAGCCGCACCUCUUACUCCAGGGCGAUAACAAUAAGAGUUAG